CUUUUUUUUAGACCGGAAACUAAACUGUACCGUAAUUUUAGCGGUUCUGGCAGCCGGUUUGCUCAACUUUGACAACAUUUUAUCGCAAUCAAUUUUUAAACAAGUUAUCCGAAUUUGAGGCUGACUGACUCGAGUCUACUCUGUCUUAUUCUUGAACAAGAUGGCGGCUCUCCAUUGGGAAGCACAAAGAAAGCAGAAUGUUAUUGAUAAGAAACAUAAAAUAGAGCAGGAAAAACAGGAGAAGAUGGAAAAACUACAGGAACAGAAUAUGCAAGAAAUGCAACAAAGUCGUGCCAGGCAGGGCUCUAGUUACGAGAGACAGCUGAAGAAACUUCAGGGCCAUAAUACAGAAAGAUGCGCCCGUGGUGAAUAUCACAACAACAGAGAUAAAGAAAGACGCCGGGAAUAUUACGAGUCCAAUGGUGGCAACCACAGCGCAAAGACUAGACUAAGAUCAAGUGACAUCAACUUUGCACAGCAGUGGUAGAGAAUCUUGUCAUCAGUUCUUCCAGAUGUUCCUCAUAUCUUAUACAAGAUAAGACCAUCUUGCAAUAUUUAUUCUAUUUUUGUAGCGACACUCUUAACACAGUCUAAACAAUUUGAUAGCCUGCACUGUUUAAUCAAGGAAAUAUUUGGUAUAUCCUGAAUAAAAAUAAUCUGUUUUAGUGUUCACAAUCCAAAUUUCAAAUUCCAUUUGAAAGCCAUUUUACCCUUUUGGUAAACGGUAUUGUCCAAGGCCCACACAUCGUGAGAAAAUAACGGGAAAACCCA